UUAAAUUCUUAAAAAUAUAGACAAAUUGAGUUGUACACGUGAGUGAGACCUACGCAAAACCCACCCAAAAACAAGCCCAAAGAGACAAAUAGCAGGCGUACGUUAGAUCCAUUCACAACUGAAACUGCAACUGUGACUCCAACGUGCUAUCGUGCGCUUCCGAUCCCCCUCUUUCUCUCUCAUGAAGAACAAUGUCAACCACCAGAUCUCUUAAGAAGAACCACCGUCAGCCGCAACAGAAGCAAAACCCUUCCAUGGCGGCACCUUCAGCUCCUCCGCGGCGGCGCAAGCCUCGCACUCUGGCUACCGUUUCCGCGCUUCUUUUCGUUUUUCUCGUAAUUUCCGUCAUCUCUCUCUUACUCGUUUCGUCGAACGCUUGGCGCGCGUUUCAACAUGUUGUUUCUUAUGAUUCGAUCACUGUUGUCAAUGAGUUCCCUCACGAUCCUCAAGCCUUCACACAGGGCCUUCUUUAUGCUGGAAAUGACACUUUAUUUGAGUCAACUGGUAUUUAUGGGAAGUCCUCUGUCCGUAAAGUUGCUCUUCGUACCGGGAAGGUUGAGAAUCUUCGGAAGAUGGAUGGUUCAUUAUUUGGGGAAGGUUUAACUCUCCUCAGUAAUAGGCUGAUCCAAGUAACAUGGUUGCAGACAAAAGGUUUCAUAUAUGACCUCAAAAAUUUAAGCAAAAUUGGGACAUUUAAUCAUGAUAUGAAAGAUGGUUGGGGUCUUGCAACUGAUGGAAAAGUCUUGUUUGGAAGUGACGGCAGUUCAACAGUAUACCAAAUUGAUCCUCAAACAUUUAAAGUUGUAUCUAAACAAGUUGUCUACUAUAAGGGUCAUCAAGUACACAAUCUCAAUGAAUUGGAAUACAUAAAUGGUGAAGUUUGGGCAAAUGUUUAUAUGACUGACUGUAUUGUAAGAAUCUCUCCUAAUGAUGGUGUUGUUGUCGGAUGGAUUUUCCUCCCAAGUUUAAGGAAAGAAUUAAUCGAAGCUGGGAAUAAUGCUAUUGAUGUUUUGAAUGGGAUAGCAUGGGAUGCUGAGCAGGAGCGAAUUUUCGUGACUGGAAAACUGUGGCCAAAGCUGUAUGAAAUCAAAGUUUCACCCAUAAAGAAACCAAUUAAAGAAGGGAUGGUUGAGCAGCUGUGCUUGCGUAGUCCUUUCAAAUUUUAGCAGGUCAACCAAUCUUUCUGUAUUUUAGAGCUAAGGUUGUAAGUAACAGAGAAGUGCAAAACAAAAGGCUAUUUAUGCUUAAAAAGAAUGAAAAUACAGCCCCAAAAUUGUAAGAAUAACUAGUGUUUAAAUAUUGUCAUGGUAUGUUUCAUCACAAAAUAGGGAAUUGGUUUUCAAAGAGAUUUUGAGCAGGGCCAUGCCUAGAAAUUAAUAAUUGUGCCAUUGUUUUGCUUGAGCAAGCUGUGUGUAGAAAUUUUGAGGACUUACAUGAAAUUAUAAAAGAGACUUGGUGAUAAAAAUUACCAAUUCUCUUACUGUUUUUAUA